AUGAAGUGGCCAUGGUCUAAUAACAAUGAAUCAGAUUCCUUAUCUUCUUCUUUUAACUCUGAUUCAACUACAGAGGAGAAGACUUUAAAGCCAAUCAAAAGUAAUUAUAUUCCUGGUCAAAAAAUUUUGUUAAGGGAUACAGAACCAAGAUUUAAAGAUUACAACGAGAGGGGUGGCAGUAACAAUACAAAUAAUGGUUUUGGUGAUAGUAGUACAUCAAGCAUAGUAUCUACAAAUACAUUCAAGCAGGUGUUAAAUACUAUAUCAAAGGACCAAUUUACAUUUGAAAAUCUAGUUAACAUUCCAUGUUUUAGGGAUGCGGGUAUAUUAGGCUUUUCAGCAAUGUUUGUAAUGGGUGUAUCAACAGCAAUAAUUAAUAGAAGGAAACCCUUGUCAACCAGACUUUAUUGGAAUAAACUUAUAAAUUGGUCGGUUGGUGGUUUAUUGUUGGGUUCAAUUGUUGGAUGGGAACAGUGCAGAUCGCAGAGACGUAAGAGUUUUGAAAUUGCACAAUUGGCGAUCGAAACUGUACAAAAGAAAGAAAAACCAAUGUUGAAACAUAAAGAUAACUCAAAAUCCCCACAAACUCAAGAACUUCUAAAAGAAUGGAAGGAACAUCCAAAUGAUGUUACGAGAGGUGAUUUUAAUUGCGAUAACAAUAAUGAUAACAAUAGUAACGCUAACCCUUGGUAUAAAUUUUGGUAA